UUUUCUAUCAACCUAUAUGUCCCGAAGCGGGUCGCUCAAACGUGUUGUAACCUGCAUUUCAAAGCAAGUCUAGUCAAACGCAUGACAGGAAGCACGUUUUUACAUUGUUUUGCAGCUGUAGCAAUCUAACAUUUAUAUACUCAGAUUAGAAUAUUCACGAAUCAUAUGAGCGUGAACUAAGGAAGUGCGAAAAUGUGAAACUGAUAGCUACGAUGUCAAAACAUGACUUCCGGAUACAAAUGGCAUGCUGUCAAAACAACAAUACAUGAACUAGGCUAGAUAUGUUAGCCGAGUGAGAGAGGGGGGAUGAGCAGCUAACCCAUUUUCUUGAUUGAUAAACUUCAUUGCUUCAACUAUGGCCGACGAACUCUUUUCUAAACGGCUACCUGUUGUCGUCAAAUCAACCGACAGAGAAGAAAGAAAAGUUUCACUCCACUUGCGAAUGGAACUGCAAGCAAUAACAUCUCCAUUACAUAGAAAAGAGCUAGUUGUCAGACUCACAGAUGAAAGUGACUUAUUUUUCCUGUACACUCUCAGACUUGGAGAAGAGGACUUUCAGAGCCUAAAAAUACAACAGGGACUUUUGGUUGAUUUCGGUGCUUUCCCCCAGAAGUUCAUUGACCUGUUGGAGAUGUGUGUGAGGGAGGAACACAAGGACGUCCCUAAAUUCAUUCUGCAGUUUGUGAGUCAAGGGUCAAUGUCUGAAAAGGUGACAGGGAUGUUAAACAUUGUAGAAACAAAUCCAUUCAAGCAUCUGACCCAUCUGUCACUGAAGUUCAUCCCUGGGCAGGAUGCUGACGUCAAGAAGUACCUAGCAGACUGCCUCAAGCAGCUGAAGGAGACGAACGGCCUGCUGCAGCAGAGGUUGGAGCACACUCAUGGAGAUCUGUCCCAGAGAUUGCAGGCAACACAGGAAUCUCUGGCGUCCAAAUCAUUGGAGUUGGAGAGUCUGAAGACUGAGUGGACGUCCAGGUUGUCAGAGGUUACAUCAAGGCACAAAGAAGAAAUGGCAUCUGAGAAGGAGCGCUCGCUUCAAAUACAGGGCGGCCUUCAGCAACGGUUUGACCGAGAGAGAAAGGAACUAGAGCAGGCCCAUGCCAAGAUAGUCAAACAGCUGGACAACAGACUCUAUGAAGUGGAAGGGGUCAGCAAGGAUCUGACAGACAGGAAAUAUAAAUCCGAGUCGACAGUCCGAGAAUUGAAAUCGAAACUAUCAACACUAGAGGAGGAACACACACGGGCCAAACAGGAUGUACAGACACUGCGGAAGCAGAACUCCAGCAUGGACUCCGAUUUCCACGAGCAGGGCAAGCUGGUGAACCAGCUCCAGACACGGAUUGCUGUCCUGGAACAGGAACUCAAGGAUAAGGAACAAGUGCUCUCCAAGUCUUCCGAUCUUCUUGGGUCCGAACAGGAGAAGAAGAGGAAGUAUGAGGAAGACUUGGACAGGAAGCACAAGGACGUCAGUAAGCUGGAGUGCAAGGUCAAGGCCAUGUCGGAGGAGCUGAUGAAGGGCAAUGAGAUCAUCAAGAAGUUGCAGGAAGAGGUCAAGAGCAAUCGGGCAAAGGUGAAGUUGCGGACGCAGAUCGCAACGGAGCAGGAGAAGCUGUUGGGGGAGAAGGACCAGGAGUUGGAGAAGAUGCGGCAAGACCUGGCUGUCACCAAGGACAGUCUCAAGACCACAGGGGACGAGAAUAGACGACUUUCAGAAGGUGUUGAAACAACCACAAAGAAAUUGGAAGAAAGUCGCCAGCUGUUAAAAACAAAUGAGAAUGUGAUACAGUGGUUGAACAAACAGAUCAACGAGCAGCAGCUGACCCAUCACAGGGUCGGGGCGUUCGAGAUGCCCUCUGCAGCAUCAACCAUGGUCAGGCCAGGGGGCGCAGCACUGCAUAACUACAGCACUUCUAGCUACGGGUCAGCAGCGUCCCAUCACAGUGACAGCCACGUCAUGCAGUCAGGUGCUGGCAUACCAAGGCAGUACCCACACAGACCGCCACAGGUUCAGUACAAUCCAGGCAAUGCUCGACGGAGUGGUCUCCCCAUGCCAGUCCCCGGCCGUCCUGGUCCCCCACCCCCAAUUCCAGAGGAAAUCCGCCCCCAGAGCAACCACAGCUCCCCAGCCUCCAAUGCCGACAAGGAAAAUGACCCUCCUAUUGACCCGAAGUUCCUACAGAAGCGGGAGGAUGCUAUCCCGGUCCGGGGGCUGCUGAACAGAAGCAACUCCCCUCCUCUCAUCUCCGGCGUGGCUCCCCCCCACCCCCCCAUCAACUCAGUCCGACUCAGCCAGCAGAUGAUUGUCCCCCGGACAGUUCAAGCCCCACUAGCUUCAGCAUACUUCCCUGGUCAGAGCAAAGCUUCAUGAUAUCGUCCCUCGGAGUGGAUUUCAUAACUCCAUAUCAUUUCUCACCAGAACAUGUUUGGGCCACAAACUCAUGAAGUUGAACCAAAGAUCAUAGAAUUAUUCAGGACGUGCAACAAAUGAGACAAUUUGACGGUUCCAUGGUGAUUUGGCCUGUGCAAAGCUUCAGGAUGUCAUAUUGCUGUACACUUUCUUCCAAGAAGAUGUUCAGGGUGAAACAGCUCCUCGGUCACAGAAUUAUUGGUCAGGAAGUGCAACGAAUGAGACAAUUGCACUGUUUCAUGAUGCCUUGGUCUGUGCUAAGCUUCGGAUGUCAUGUUACUGUGUAAAUUUCUUGCAAUAAGUUCUAAGUACAAUCUAAGACCAAAAAAGUAUAACUGGAGUAAAGAUUGAGACAUUAUGAGAAUGGAUCCAUGAUGACUUGUGAUUUUACUGAUGAAGAAGGGCUGUCGCUAUGAAAUGUUCCAAGCAUCUGUUCUCAGUAAUCGUAAACUUAGUAAUGAUAAGAUUGUAAGGAUGAUACACUUCUUUAUUAGAACUGUCGCUACGAUUGUCUCUAAAACUAAUCAAGAAGUUGAUCAUCCAUACUAUCUUGUGACAUUAGUUUCAGAUCAAACUUCUAAAUGCCACUGAAAGGUUGUACAUUAUGUAAAAAUGCUUACUGAUUUCGGCAAAUCUGUGAGUGUGGAAUAACUGGCUACAGAUUUCAUUGUGGUCACCUGUAUUGUAAAACAAUUAGGUGUCUUUGUAACAUCCAUCCACCGCCAGAGAAUAGCCCUGUUUUGGAGGGUUUGAUCAUCUUGUACAGUGUUGACUCACGAUGGUACAUGGUCAUCUUGUACAGUGUUGACUCACAAUGGUACAUGGUCAUCUUGUACAGUGUUGACUCACGAUGGUACAUGGUCAUCUUGUACAGUGUUGACUCACGAUGGUACAUGGUCAUCUUGUACAGUGUUGACUCACGAUGGUACAUGGUCAUCUUGUACAGUGUCGACUCACGAUGGUACAUGGUCAUCUUGUACAGUGUCGAUUCACGAUGGUACAUGGUCAUCUUGUACAGUGUCGACUCACGAUGGUACAUGGUCAUCUUGUACAGUGUCGACUCACGAUGGUACAUGGUCAUCUUGUACAGUGUCGACUCACGAUGGUACAUGGUCAUCUUGUACAGUGUCGACUCACGGUGGUACAUGGUCAUCUUGUACAGUGUCGACUCACGAUGGUACAUGGUCAUCUUGUACAGUGUCGACUCACGAUGGUACAUGGUCAUCUUGUACAGUGUUGACUCACGAUGGUACAUGGUCAUCUUGUACAGUGUCGACUCACGAUGGUACAUGGUCAUCUUGUACAGUGUUGACUCACAAUGGUACAUGGUCAUCUCAUUGACGGAUGAUGAGGCAAUGACAUUUGAGGAGGAAACGUAAGCCGCCUCAUCACGUGAUAACCAACUGGUGUCAGCUCUUCCAUUUGCCGAGCAGUCAGUAAAUGCCAACAUACAAUAUGGGAGGUGAGAUCCAGUGUAGGAGUGUUCCAGAUUCCUUGGAACAAAACCCUCCUCAUUGUAAAUGUUGGGAUGUGUUCCCCGUUCAGCAUUAUCACCUGAGUGUUCAACAUUUUACCUACACAUAUAUUGGAGUCAUGAUAGUAUCCACUGAAAUUCUUCUGUUAAUUUGUAUCAAAAUUUUCAAUUUCUUAUUUUACUGUAAACAAAAUCAAAUACCAUUUGGAUUAAAUAAUAUGUUUUUUGUUUUGAGGUAUCGUAAAAGAUUUGGAGGUUUUAUGAUAACUUUUAAAAUCAAUGAUAGUAUACCUCCUACAAUGCAGACACUAUGUUGUAAGAGGUAUUAAGUGAUGUGGCAUUGGAUGAGUCUAAUAGGUUUUUACUAAAAUGCUGAUCAGUAAUCGUAGAUAACCGAUAUAUGGCUGGACUUAGUUUAUUGUCAAAUGCAAAAAGGCAGGAGACCAAAAUUAAACACAGUAUCUCUCAUCAGUGUUGAAUGGAACUGAAAAACAAAAUACAUGUACAUACAAAAGGUGUUCCAAUUAAACUAUUUUCACUGAGAA